AUGAGCACCGCUGCCAAAGGCGCCGACGGUGCGCGCAAGCAGGCUGGCAGCCCCGUUGACGGCGGGCAAAGGAAACCUCCGCCCCAAAAAGCAUGGACCCAGGGCACCAACCCCAUCACUCAGCGACCGACGAACAUCAGCAACUCCAACGGCGUCGUCAACGCCCCUAAGCCCUCACAAGCCCCGGUCGCUCUCUCUGCAGAGACCGCAUCCCCAAUGAGGCACCUCAAUGACAGGAUGAUGUACCUGCUCGCCAAUCUCUCAGGCCUUCCGGGCAACAUCACCUUGAAGAACGGCGAAAAGUACACGGGCGUGCUGUCGGGCACCUCCCUCGACCCGACCGAGAUGCGCUACGUUUUCAAAAUGGUCAAGAAGGUGCAACCCGCGGGAGAUGCUCAGGUAAACGGCACAAUCGACGUCUCCGACGACUACGUGGGUGUUGGGGACAACCACGUGAUGGCGUUCGACAUGAGCGACGUUGCCGACUUCCACGUCAACAACGUUAUCCUCGACAAGACACAAGCCAAGGGUCGGAAUGGUACCACCGGGUUCCGCACCGAUACAGACAUUUCUGGCAAUAUGGCCAUCCGCGAACGGACUCUUCAGAAGUGGGAGCCGUCUGCGGACGCAAAUGCCGACCUCUCCUUGGAGCCCAAGGGGGCCUCAACAGGGUGGGAUCAGUUCUCGGCGAACGAGAAGCUCUUUGGCGUGCGAAGCGACUACGACGAGAACUUGUAUACCACUAUCAUUGAUCGCAACAACCCGCGGUAUGCAGAGAAGGAGGCUCGCGCGGCCAGGCUUGCUCGCGAGAUUGAGGGUAGUAGCGCGCUCAAUGCCCAUGUCCGCGAAGAGCGGGGCCAGCAGAACGCCGAUGACAAGGGUGAUGACGAGGAAGAGAGAUACAGCGGAGUCCGCCGUGGCCCCGAUUUCCCACCUCUCCCCGCUGGCCAGCCAAACAGAUAUAUGCCACCUGCGCGCCGUCCCCCAACGAGCCAGCCGACGGUCCCAGGAGCGCCAGUGGACCCAGCAAUCAUCUCUUCACAGCUCGCUCGUCCAGAUUCAGCUGCCUCAAAGCCAGCGCAGCGUACCACAAGCCCGCCGGUCGAGAAGUCUGCUACUCCUGAGCCUGCAAAAGUUGAGGCAGCUCCUAAAGCCGAGGCGCCAGUUGCGGUGAAAGCAGAGCCUCCUAAGGAUACUCCAGCCAAAGCGGAUAUGAAGCCCACACCUCCAACCAAGCCUGCUGCUGAGCAGGCGCAGAAGCCGAGCAACGCCCUCAAGCCUGCAGCGGGUAUCCCAACUCGCAAAUCAGGACGGCCUGACAACGCGACAGCAAACGUCGAACAUGACCUUCUCGACUCUUUCAAGCAGUUCUCCGCCGCAGAGAAGCUGCGGAUGUCCGAACGUCAGCGGUCAAUAGCACGAGAGUCGAAGGCAGUUAAGCUGAACGACUUGAAGAAGUUCUCGCAGAACUUUAAGCUCAACACCCCGGUGCCCACAGACUUGGUUCCCAUUCUUGCCAAGGACGAGACCAAGCAGCAGCAGAUUGUGGAGAAAGCCCUCCGUGCUGUGCAAGAGCUCAAGGUCACCCCUCCUAAGCCGGUUGCUACCGCUGUAGAUACCAAAUCCGUUCCCCGGCCGAGCAACGUCAAGCCCGAUCCUGCUCAGCCGUCUCCGAUCGCCGCCGCCGACCGCCAGCAGAACCAGCGGCCUCGCCCUGCUCAGAACCAAUACGGAUCGGCGUCGAUGAGGGAGCGCACAGUACACAACCAGAAUAUGAACCAGAUGCCGCCGCGCAACCAUGGCCUACUAAGCACACGUCUUCAACUAAAUCAGCAGCAACACAAGCAGCAAGGGGCUAUACCAUACAAUGGCGUUCCCCAGCCUAUUCCCAUUCAGGAUAUGCGGGUACCCCCGCCUACUGGACCCUCACAAUCAUCAAGCGGGGUGCAGACUCCAACGUCUGGUGUGUCGACGAGGUUCAAUGUUCGAGCGAGCGAAUUCAAACCAAAUCCAUCCGCCAAUACCUUCCAACCAGGCGGAAACCCAAGUACCCACUCCAGCCCUAGGCCUGAUUCAGCUUCACGUCAGGAGCCACCACGAAAACUGCAGAUCACCAGCUUCUUCGGUGGUCAACGUCCGUCUAUACAGCCCUUGGAUCUCAGUGAAUCCUUCAAUCCCAUCAAGCGGUUGAGAAAGGAAGCGCAAGAGCAGGAUAAGACCCGCGAAUAUGCCAGCAACGGCGGCAUCCAGCCACCCUACCGAACACCCCCUACUUGGGACUUCCCACAGAUGAAUACAGAGAAAGGCUACGUUGACAUGUUCGAGCGCGCCGCCGCACCACCGAUCUCAGCCCCGCAGAAUGUAAUGGGUAAUGGACCUAUUCCUCACCAGCAUCAGCUCCCGCCACAUCUUCAAGGAACGCAGGGCAUGCAACAAGGCCAAACGCCGCAUCAUACACCCCGGCAUCCACCAGUGCAGCCGCAUCACGGUCAAGGUCCUCACCAUUUCGAGCCUCAGCACAUGCAGUUCUCCCAUUCGACGUCGUCAGUGCACCCGUCGCCACGCCCUAUGCAACCGUACAUAUAUGGCCAACAGCCGCAACCCAUGCCCAGCUUCCCACAGCAAGUACCGAUGCAGCACUAUGGCAUGAGCCCCAGCGUCCAGCACGUUUCCCUUCGCGCGGGUCAGGGGCCUCCUCAGUUCGUAGGCCCUCCGGGCCCAGCCAUGGGCGGACAAAUGAUGACGAAUCAGCCGUCGAAUGGUCCGUUCAUGGGAAUGCCGACGAACCCUCAGAUGACCAUGUACUCUCCCGCUCCCGGACCGGCUUAUCCUCAGUAUCCUGGUCAAAUGCCCACGGGUCCCGGGGGGAAUGGAUUCCCUAGCCCUAGGCCUGGUGGAGCGCCGUUGAUGAGCCACCAAGGCUCACAGCAGGGCCAUCAACAACAGCCACUCAUGUACAUGCCGCAUGGCGCGCAGGGACCACCAAUGUUUGCGCAAGUCCCCCCUGGAUCAAUGACACCAAUGCGUGGACCCUAUCCUCAGCCACAUCAGCCACACUACGGUUCGCCACAUCAACAUCAUCAGUUCCCUCAACAGCAUCGCGGUACCCCAAGCGGCAGCUAUUCGCAGCCUAUGAUGCAACAACAUUCGCUACCGCCUCAGAUUCCUCCAACGGGUCCUGCCGCGCAUGGGCCCGAAGGUAGCGAGGAAGUCAAAUGA